CUGGUUCCUAUCCGGAUCGAGCUGGAGGUUGGCGAUUUCCGUCUGCAUGACGUGUUUGUGUGGAACGCAAAGGAGCGCAUUAUCACGCCUGAACAGUUUGCGGCCAUAUACUGCGCAGACCUGGCGCUGCCUGCCGAUGGCAAGGCCAGCGCACAGGUCCAUAUCGCCCAGCUGAUCCGCCAGCAGGUCGCCGAGUACGUCACUGUGGACUCCGCUGAUGUGUCGGCCAUCGAGCUGCGUGUGGUUCUCAACUUGGAGAUCCAGAUCGGUUCCCAUGUGCUGCGGGACCGCGUCGAGUGGGACAUUCUCGAACCGCUAGACACCAAGCCCGAGGAGUUUGCCAAGUGCCUGUGCCGCGAUUUGGGGCUGGGUGGCGAGUAUCCGCCGCUAGUGGCGCACCGCGUGCGCGAGGAGAUUGCGAGGCUGCAGAAGGAGCUUAUUGAAGCAGGCGACGCACACUGGCUUAGGCAGAACCCAGUUGAGUCGGCAUUCCGACCUCCCGACAUGGCCAAUGCGUGGGGCCCCAGCGUCGAGGUUCUCACGGCCGAGGAGCUCGACCGCAUGUGGAUGCACAAGGAGCGCAGCUACCGCCGCAUGCGUCGGUCAGAGCGC